GGUGCCCCCGCGGUUGCAGUCGUGAAGGAGCAGUCGUCGGUUAGAGAUGGAUCCGAAGACGGCAUGGCAUGGCGCGGAGGAAGAGCAAGGAAUCGAAGAGAACGCCGACCGGGUGCUCCAUGGCGACGUCCUCGACGCCGUCGUCGCCCGCGUCUCCGCGCUGGAUCUCCUGCCCGCCUCCUGCGUCUCGAAGCAGUGGCGGGCGGCGGUCCUCGCCGCCGCCCGCCAGUCUCCCCGUCGUGGUGCGCCGUGGCUCGUGCUCCGCGUCCACGGAGGUAGAAAACCAGUCGUCCACGCCUUUAACCCCAUCUCCCGCAACUGGCGCUCGGUCGCGCUGCCGUCCGGUGGUCCUUUCGCCGGCCGAGAUGGCUCGGCGGUCCAUGUGUCCAACUUCCCCUGCUCCGCGGGCGGCGGUAGCACCGGUGGAGCCGGAAUCUACGCGCUCUCUUCCACCAGGAUAGCCCUCGCUGCCGACCUCUUCGGCACCACGUGGCGCGAGCUGGAGCCUCUGCGCAGCUGGCGAACGGACCCUGUGGUGGCCCUCGUGGGGAGGCGCCUCGUGGUGGCGGGCGGCGCAAGCGAGCUCCUCGAGGACGACCCUGCCUCCGUCGAGGUGUGGGAAGGCGGCAGCGGCGGGUGGGCGCCGUCGGACCCGAUGCCGGCCGCAUUCCAGUGGUCGCCGGCGAUCUCCGCCGCCGCAUCGGAGCGGCGGCUCUACACGGUGGAGAAACAGCCGCCCUUCAGCGCCAGCUGGUUCGAUCCCGAGGCCAAGCGGUGGGGCCCGACGAGCCGACUCCAAAUCCCCGACCCCACAGUCAGACACGUUUCCGUCGCGUUCGCGUGCGGGAGACUACUACUAGCGACGGUUAGCGACGAUGGCGGCGGGAGGCUGGAUUGGCGGCCGCAGGCGGUGCGGCUCUGGGCGAUGGAUCAGGAGACGCUGGAGGUGGAGGCGGAGCAGGUGGCUCAGAUGCCGCAGGAGAUGGUGGCUGCCCUGGUGGACGAAGACGGCUGCGGGAUGCGCUCGUUGGGGUUUCUCUCGUCGGAGCGCUUCGCCUACUUGUACAACCCCCUCUUCAUGAAAUUCUUCUUCCUGUGCGAAAUCGACGAGGGCGGCAGCGGCGGCUGCAGAUGGGAGGCGGUUCCCAGGUCGCCGUCCGCCGACGACCGCCCUAUGCACAGGGUGCUCUUCUCCUGCACCCAAGUCAACGCCGACGAGUCCGGUCCCACAAAAUUUUAGCCAAUUUUGUUUUCCAAUCUUCACCUCCCUGUUUUAAAAAUAUUAAAAUCACACUCUAUUUCGAUGUUGCAUCCUGAAAAUAUUUUUAUUUUAAUAUUACUUUAGUACUUAUUAUAAUA